ACGAUUCUACAAAUAAUGAAGAUGUUUGCAUAUUUACAAAAGUUAAAAAGAAGGAUGAGAAACUUGGAAUUGGAAUUUAUUGUCCUUUAUAUCCAGACAAAAGUAUUUUCAAAGUUGUCAAUGAAAAUUAUUCUGUUCAAGAAUCACAGAUUUAUGCUUUGAUCGAAGCAAUUAAAAAUUUUAGUAUUUUUGAUAAACCGUUGAAUAUUUUUACCA